UGUUUGGGUUACUUCCACUUUUCUAUCUGUCACUCCGAGAGAUGGAGACGAUUUGUGUCGAACGAAGAGAAAAAACGAAAGAAAGGACGAAGUUUACAUACAACACGCAAUAAGAAAUGGGAAGCCAAAAAAAGCAACAAGACAAGAAACAAGGAAGACAAAACCGUUCAUUCUAGCAUUUAUUAUCAUAUAAGAGAGAAAGCAAAAUUAUGAUCGGACUCCACUUCCAUCAACAUAUUCAUAUAACUCAAAAUCUUCAAUUCCACAUUAAUCAUCAACUCAUUCGACUACCGAUCGGAUUAUCAUUAGACAAAAGAGGGAAGAGGGUCAACUAUCAUCUCGAGAGUCAAGGGUUGUUCAGUCGGAUGUGAAAAUCUCACCUGUCUCUUGAGAUCGAUAUUGCAUCCACUGCUUUCCUUGCAUACCUAUUGAUCCAUCCAUUCAUAUGUACUGUACCUAUAUUGCCAUCCUUCUUGAGUUGCUUCAUUGACAAUUGGAAAUCGAGGGAUGCCCUGACUGCCCUACCUCAUUGUUGGCUAAUGCUGAUUGACUGCCUACCUGGUAUACAAUAUCAUCCUCGCAUAUCCUACUGGGGUCCCUCGUUACCUUGCACUUUCUUCUUCGUGGGGAAAAAGGUAUUUACUCACGAGAAUUCCAUCCAUCUACUGUCUACUGUAUUGCAGAUACAAGCCGUACGAGUCAGAAAAAAGUCUAAUAUCUUGAACGCAAUCUUGCCAUCGAGCUACAAAGCAUCUCAUAUCUUAUCAAGGCGCCAUGCUAUCUCUAAAUUCUCUACCUUAAAAAAAGCUUUGAACCGUCAAGCAUCUUCCCACUACAAAAAGCUGGACAUCAACAUCAACAUCAACAUCUUUCUACUGAAUCCACAUUCAAGAACUACGCUUACAACCAUCAUCCCUCUCAACCUCUCCAGAAAACUAAAGCCGUCGAUCUCGGCCGCCUUUGAAUUCCCGACGAUUCUACUUCAAGAAUGGUCCUUGUUUCGCAACUUUAACAUAUCCACACUACUUCAGAGACACUUUGACGUCGAAACAACCAGACCAUAUUUUCACCAGUUAGUCAAGUCUACCUGCCGAGAACCCUUAUUUUUUCACACCUUGUCCAGCCACUCGCAUGACCCGACACAGCACAAGCUAGAGCUAGAGCUAGAUCCAGGAACCUCAACUUUAACUUCCUUACCACGUUCACAGUUUCCCUCAAUUGCUCGUGCGCCCCACCAUUCCGUGUUUGGGCGGAUGAUUUACAAGCUCCAGUCCACAUCCCGCAUCCAAAAAAAAAUCUCCUUGAAAGUUUCGUGCUAUUCUUGUACACAGUUUACGAGAACCAUCGUAGCUUUCCUUUUACAAUACUUUCUUGCCGGGGCCUUCUCCAAGUCAGUUCGCCAAUUAUCACUUUCGCUCAACGCUAUUGCGCUGGACGCUUUGUAUCUUACAAGAUUCCCCCAUUGAGUCUCUAUUCGACAUCACUUGCAUACCAAGCAAACAAAUCACAACACCUGCUCUUCUUAUAUAUCAACUUCUCAUUCCAUUGCUCGAUCAGACGUUCACAACAUCGGACGCAUAACCAACCAGACCUACAUUGAGACUUAACACUUCAACCUCGAUCGAUAGAAUCUAGGAAUACAUAAUGGACGUCAUGGAGCUAGUUGAGAACGAGCAAAACGCACGCCCCUUUCAAUGCGAUUGGAAAACAUGCAUCAAGAGCUUCAACAGAAAAUCUGACCUUCAGCGUCACUAUCGCAUACAUACAAAUGAGAGACCUUACUCAUGCGUAACUCCAGGAUGCGGGAAAAGCUUCAUCCAAAGAAGUGCCUUGACCGUCCACAUCCGUACACACACUGGUGAAAAGCCUCAUCAAUGUCAACACAUUGGCUGUGGCAAACGAUUUUCUGAUUCAUCUAGUCUUGCCCGUCAUAGACGUAUUCACACAGGCAAGAGACCUUACAAAUGUGCACACGAUGGUUGUUUGAAAAGCUUUUGUAGAAAGACUACCAUGGUCAAGCAUCAAAGACGUUCGCAUCAACGCGGCAUCCAUUCAUCAGAGCUUGAUGACGGUGAGACAUCUGAUUCUGAUGGUGGGGAAUCGCCAACUACUCCUCAACAUCACUCCAGUCAAAUUCAGUGGCCUCAACACUUGACAGUUCCAGGUGUUCCACAUGCACAUCAGAUGCACAGAGCACACUCAUUCGCGGAUUUUGGACAACAUCAACAGAUUGAUGGGUAUCCCAUGCCACAAGCGUAUGCCCACAGACACAGCCUGUCGGGAGGUCCUCAGGCAUUCGGUCCUAUUCCAGAUCAGCACCAUCACGUUAUGCAAAGACAGCCUAGUCUCCAACACGCAUCUUACUAUGUCCCCGAACAGAACAACCCUGGAGUCGCAACUUUGAACACCAAUCCGGCUCCAAUUCAAACGUACCACAUUCCUCGACAUUCCAUGGAGAGACACCCUCAGGAGAUACUACAAAGCAGCCCCGGUAGUUACUCUUCUCACUCCCGCGCUAGCCCAGUCUCCCAAGAACCUUACUACACACACACCCAGCACUCGGUUCACGUUCCUACAUACGCUAUUCACGGCCAGUCGCCAACUGAACCACAGCCAAUGAUUCAUUACCAGCAGCACGUGCAAACACCUCAAUCAAUUUCAUCACCAGUCCCGCAAGUACAGCAUCAAUUGCAACAUCAAUAUCCACAACCUCCCGAGCAUGGUCAGUGGUAUGAGAGUACUCCUUACCAACAACCUGAAGUGAUCAGCCACGUGCCAAUGUAUCCUCAGGUCACUGUCUUCAGCGAUCCAUGGCAUAAGCUCGAGACAUUUGAUGAUCCAUCAUUACAAAUGCCCAGUGCUCGCAUUGAGAAUUUGUAACAAUACUGAACAGUCAAAACACACGCUCGUUUCGAAACUCUCUUUAGCGAUUGUAUCAUUAAUAAGACGUCGUAUACCCAAGGACUGAGGCACACAGGACUGCAGUUUGUUCCGCUUCAUCAACAAAAGUUUUCACUUCUCCAAGUCUAUCCGCGAUAUACCUAGUACAUUAACGACAUUCACGAAUGCAUCUCAUCCGUCAGCCAGACAUUCCAGCCCUCCCUUUCGGAAUAAUCGGCUUGUCGUGGCAUUUUCACAUACUUUUUAUUUUAUUUUUUAUUUUUACUUUUCUUGUUUUAUGGUAGUUUCCGUCCGGUUUUGCGUACAGAUGAAGCUGGAUCUAAUAUUGGCCGGGGAGGGGGUUGAGGUGGAGGAAGAUGGAGAGAGGGUACAUAAUGAGGAGGUGAUAUCAUGGCGCCACGAGUUCAACGAGGUCAUUUCUUUAUGUUAUAUACUCGCGCACCUGGAAGCGUACCGUGUUGUUUGUGCCUAGAGACUGGUGAUCAAGGCCGGGUUUGCCAUCUGUAUCAAUACUUAUUUAAAUGUUUAUUAGUUUUGGACAAGGGAAUCGGAAUUGGAUAUGGUAUCCAAUUUGGAUUGGAAAGUCUUGUGUGUAUCUAUAGUAGUAGUAAAUAGCUAAAUGAAUAGUAUAAUACCAUCUAUAUCUAGACUU